AUGGAGCAGGUGGAACGUUUGGUGAGAUUGUGGAUCACCUCCGAGCAGGAGCGAGAAGUCGAGGACACUGUCGCAGAGAUCACUCGGGGAAAUGCCACUCUUUUGCACGUGGUGCAGGCCCUGGGGGAGUUCUUGACCUCAGAAGAGGACGACUUGCGCACCAAGGGUGUCGAAUUUCUCUCACUCGUGCUUGGAAAAUGUCCACCCGAGAAGCUGAACCGACAGUCGGUCCGCACUCUCGUGGCCUUCUAUUGCGGCAAGCUCGAAGACACCGAAACUAUUAUCCCCGCACUCAAAGGGCUUGUUACCCUCACUGCCCUCCCUAUGCUAACGUCUAUUGACGCAGUGGAGGUUGUGAAAGCGAUAUUCGAGCAUGUGAAGAUGAAGGUCCUCAUCCAAGCGCAGCGCUUCACGGUUUUCAGGACUAUUGAUAAUCUCGUAGCUAAAUAUAGAGACGCCAUGAAGGGGCUUGGAGAAGAAUUCGUUCGAGGCUACAUCAAUCUGGCCGAAGGAGAGAAGGAUCCGCGCAAUCUUCUCCUAGCAUUUGCCAUUGAUCGAGUGCUGCUCAUUGAGUUCGAUACGCAAAGGUUCAUUGAGGACUUCUUCAACAUCACUUUCUGCUAUUUCCCCAUUACAUUCAGACCGCCACCUAAUGAUCCUUAUGCCAUCACGUCUGAGGACCUGAAGACCACAUUACGGUCAUGCUUGCACGCUACGCCUGCUUUCGGAAAGCUAGCCCUCCCGCUUUUCAUGGAAAAGCUGACAGCCGGCUCUCCAGCUACCAAAAUCUUUCAACCUACAGAUUCGGUCAUCGAGGAGAAGGCUUUGAAAACCACACAAGUGCUUAUCAAGACCAUAUAUGCACCCACCCCAUUGGACACCACUGCAGAUACUGCUGAGAUUGAGGGAUUAGCCAAAGACGCUUGCAAUGAGUGUAUCCAGAUUUUACGUGAACCUGAGAAAAGCCAGGCAAAGCAUGCUAUCAAGGUUCUCUGCGCGUUCAUGUCAACAACACCGAGUGUGGCUCGUUUCACACUCAGCAAGGCGAUACCACACUUCGUUCAGCUCUUCCUCAAUCCCGACGAGCUCCCUAACCGAGCGCCGACACUACGUCUACUUGCCGACCUCAUCGAGGCUGCGCGAGAGUCAACCGCGUCUCCGGACCCUGAAGUUCUCCCUGACGAACAAGUACCCUUGGCUCCAUACAAAGACGAAGUGCUCGGUGUCCUCACCGUCGGUCUCAAGACUCCAGCGUCAUCUUAUCCCGCGGUCGACUCGCUGAAGAGCAUGGUGCUUACUCGUGAUCUAUUGACCGACGAAGAACUCGGCUUCAUUGUACAUCACGUCAAUGAAGUACUGCAGCAAGACACCGAUGACAGCGACGUCAGCAACGAGUGUCUGGACCUCCUGUGUGCCAUUUCUUCCUUCGCGCCCUCCCAUGUCGCAGACAACACGCUCCCCCUCCUCUUCACCUCCCUCCCCGAUCGCUCGCCUGCACGGGACGCCGAGGCCGAGCGUGUCAAGUACUGGCACACCCUCGCAUCCCUCAAAAAACUAUGCACACAGCCCAACCUCUUCGAAACACUUGUCGUUCGCGUCUCGACGAAGCUCGAUCUCCUCUGUCUACCGUCCUCCCCGUUGUCCCCCGAAGCCCUCGAGCCGACUUCAGCGUACGCGCAUUCACUCCUGUGCACACUCGCGGAUGUGCUCUCAACGAAGGUGGAAGCGGGACACACAGACGUCGUCAAGUACGUCGACAGACUCGUGCCACGUUUGUGUGGCAUGUUCGUGUACUCGGCGCUCGCGACAGAAGAUGGCAUGGCGAUGCCGGCGACGGACCCACGGUUGAUUGCGAUCGCCGGGCAGAUCGUAACACUCGUCACGCAAACCCUCACUGCUGCAGACUUCAUCAAGGCGAUGUUCGCGGCUUUCCUCGACGGCGAUGUAGCUCAACUCACGCAAGACACGCCGAAAUUCCAACUCAUUUCGAUGUUUAGCCAGGAGCAUCCACGCGCAGAAGAACCUCCUUGUCAUAUCUCAGCCGCUGUAAUUACGUUGCACAAAGAGGUGUCUCUCCCUGUACCGGACGAAGUGGCUUUACUCGACAAUCUACUAGAAUGGAACGUCACACAAGCGGAGACCGCCCUCCAGAGGGAGGCUGUGAUGCACAUGGUUGCUGCUACAUUGAACAGGCAUGCAGACAAGCUGGAUUCGUUCUUAUCAUCAAAUAUCGAGAUGUUUUGGACCUCCCAGAUCGCUGAUGAGACGCGCGCAGCAGACGCACGGCGGCAUGCCAUUACUACCUUCACUUGGCUCACCAAAGCACUUUUGGUCCGCGGACACCCUGGCGCCAUGGCGAACGUCGACCGUCUCUUUGGGCUCUUCAGUGAAGACCAUGUGAGCUGGGAUGCCGCGCGCGCGAUUGGGCGGAUACCCGGCACGGACAAGGUCCUCACAAAGCGUAAUCAUGCCACCCUUAGGAUCUUGUACGCACAGAAGUACUGCAACUCGGUGCUCCCGGGAUCAUCGAAGGCGCGAAGAGCUCGCGUAGGCCCCUUUCCUCCGCGUGCGAUGUCCAGCAGGGUGCUCACGUCCGCCCCUUCAGAGUCGGCCCAGCAAACUGCGUACCUCGUCGCGCUUGCCGCCCUCAUCAAGUCGGUGCCGAAGUCGACGUACUCGAGCGAGAUGCCUGCCCUCAUGCCGCUCCUCCUGCGCGGGCUCGACCUACCCGACAACGAGAUCCGCGCGAACGUGAUCGACACGCUGCUCGCCGCAGCAACUUCCGGCGGGAAGGACAACACAGUGCUGACCGGGCACGCCUCAAAUCUGGUGACAACGAUGCUCAAGAACAGUCUGGCCUCACAGAUGCCUUCCGCGAAAGUGCGUUUGGCCGCUCUGCGAUACCUGGCGACGCUGCCGAACGUCGUGCGGUACGACGUCUUGCACCCGCAGAAGGCGACGGUGCUCCGGGAGCUUGCCAAGGCGUUGGACGACCCAAAGCGCGCUGUGAGAGCAGAAGCGGUGGAGGCGAGGACAAACUGGUUCCAGUUCACAGGAUAA